UCUUAAUCAACCCAAUGCUUCAUUUAUUCUUCCUGCUUGUAUUUGCUAUCAGCUAUGCCUUUUGUGUGUUGCUAAUUGUGGACAAGGUGAAUAAAACAAGUUAGUUUACCUUGUCAUUUGAUGCUCAAGCUUUAGGGAUCUUCAUUUUCCAUUUUACCCCUAAUCUUUGAGAGGGCUCCUUCGCAUGCUCAUUUAUCUUAUAGUUCAGAUCUCCUUAUUAAAUUUGGUAUUUUUUUGGGGUUUGGGUCUAUUUUGGUUAUGGUGCUUCCUCUAGUUUACUUUUAAUGGAGAUUGCAUUCUUAUUUACUCAUUGAACACUCAGAUAUUAUGUUUUGUAAUGCUAACUAAUUCUUAUUUUUAAACAAACAAGAAUGUCAUAUUCUCAUAAAAAAAAAAAAAAGAAGAAUGACAUAUAUGUCUAUGAAUUUAUAUAUCUGAAGACUUUAGUACUUGAACCAAAGUAAUCACCAAUGAACUAGGCAUUGUUUUUAAUAUACAGGUAAGGUAUUUAAUUAUACUUAGUAUUUAAAAAUACAACAAAAAGUUUUCCUAUCAAAAUUUCAAAUGUGGGAUUAUGCUUUCUGUUGUUGGGUUGAUAAUUUUCAAGAGAUGAAAAGGUUCUUAGCCUUCUUUAAAUGUUUGAAUUGUUUCAAAUUUAACCCACUUUUUGGAGUGCCAUUUGGCAAUUUCUGAUAUAUUCUUUCCAUUAACAGAAUAGAUCUUUGUUGAGUUGAAUAUUAGGAUACAUUACUUUCAUGAAUUCUGUAUGUCUGCCUCUGCAAAAAUAGGUAUUAAAGAAAUUGCAAUGGAUUCAGUUGCGUUUAUUUUGUAAAAUUUCUCAAUUUUAUUGUAAGCAUAAAAUCUAUUAUUGACAUGAUAUAUUCCACUUACAAUCAGUUGUAUCUCAUUAACAAUUUCUUCAAGUGACUGAUUAUUAAGGUUUUGCUUAUUACCUUGGAGAUGAAAUUACAGGAAACUGGUUUUUGUGCCUCUAUUUUACACUUGGACUGCUAACAAAGUUAAAUGUCAUAUUUUCGCAUUUUUAUCUGUUUACAUGCACCCUUUGAGUUUGGAAGCUAUAUACAUUUUGUUGAAGAAAAUUUGUACUGAAAAUUAAUCUUAUCAACAGAUUUUAAUUAUCUGUUCAGAUCCUCUGAAAUAACAUUUCAUAACCUGUUUAAUUUUUAUGGAGGUGUGUAUUUAAUACAUGGAUGGUAGGUUAAAAAAUGUAUACUUCAGUGAAUAUUUUUUAGUUGGUUCCUCACUAACUGCAAGCAUUCUAUAUUUUGGUCGUAUAUCUCUUCCCUCUUUUGAUUUUACAUUAACUAGAGAUCACUUGUUUUUGCAAUUGAGGAAAUGCAAAACAGAAAGAAAAAAUUCAAACUCUUGGACAUUGCAUAAGUAUCUUAGGCUGUAAUUACGAGCAGUAACUCUGGGGAAUGUGACUGAGUGUUCCUUAUAAUGCUGUUCUGCCAUAGGACCCUCAUGCUUUAUUGCAGUGGUUGUUUCUUAAAUUCACAAUCGUACAAGCUAGCACCUGAUCUGUGGCAGGAGACUACCACCGUUUUUGGCGAUCCUUGAUGAAUAUCAAGCAAGGAAGCUUGUGUUUUAUCACGGUGAUGGGAACACCUAUUGUUCCAGAUGUCUCUACAUUGUUGCUGUCACAUUUUUUGGACCAUGUGAAUGCAUAUGCCCCCAGUACCUGGUCUGGUUUAGUUUGCAAAUGGCGAAAGGUAGCAGGGGACGACGCAGAAUUGCUUCCCGCCAGUUUAGGCCAACCCCAUACCCAUUGCCAUCAGGUAAUCAGGAUGUUUCAGAGGAAAUCUACUCAAAGAAAUGUUGCAAAUCCUUGGAAAAGAAAGACUGGGAAGAUGCAACCUGUUCUGUCUGCAUGGAGUACCCUCACAAUGCUGUUCUUCUCCUUUGCUCGUCCCAUGAUAAGGGUUGUCGUCCUUACAUGUGUGGCACCAGCUUUCGCUACUCCAACUGCCUCGACCAAUACAAGAAAGCCUACACCAAAGUAACAUCAACCAAUCCUGGACAAUCCUUGGAUGGCUCAGUUGAUAAUCCGAUCAUGAAUCCAGUGUCCAAUUGGCCUGUUGAGAAGUGUGAAGUCACAGAGCUUGCAUGCCCCCUUUGCAGAGGUCAGGUGAAGGGCUGGACUGUGGUUGAACCUGCGAGGGAGUAUCUAAAUGCCAAGAAGAGAAGUUGCAUGCAGGAUAACUGCUCAUUUGUUGGGAAUUACAAGGAGUUGCGGAAGCAUGUCAGGGCAGAGCACCCCUCUGCACAGCCACGUGAAGUGGAUCCCAUACUAGAACAGAAAUGGAGAAGACUUGAGCGUGAACGUGAGAGGGAUGAUGUGAUCAGCACUAUAAGGUCAUCAAUGCCCGGGGCAAUGGUUUUUGGAGAUUAUGUGAUAGAAGGAAAUCAUUAUGAUUUUGAUUCUGAUGAAGGGGAGCAUUUUGAUGCAGAUGCAGUGGAGAGGAAUGAGGGGUUUGAGGUGGGCUUUGAUAGCAAUUUGGUCAAUGUCUUCCUACUACUGCAUGCAUUUGGCCCAGCAGGGAAUAUUGGCCUAAAUAGGCACUUGAGGCGGUCUGAAAGAGGCCUUGGCCGAGCAUUGGAUGAGGGUGCUGUGGGAAUCCAUGAGACCUCUCCCGCUGAUUCCAUUGAUGAGAAUGAUAUACAUAAUAGUGACGAUGACAAUGGUGACAACAAUGGCAUGUCACUGGCUGAUCGACGCCGCAGGGCUAGAGUGCUGUUGGGCCAGUCCAUCAGGAGACGAAGGCGCAGAGAACCUAAUGGAGGUCCAAGAUAGAGCAGAAUGAUAUUUAGAAGGACAAGGCCCCUAUGGUACUUGGAAAUGAAAAGGCAGGGGGCCGGGGAAAGUUUCACAGUUCUUUAGUUUUUAGGGAAAAAGGAUCAUAAAAAAGGAUUAAAAAAAAAAUGGAUUUGACAAUACUUUCCUCCUCUCUCUGAUUUUCAUGCAUUUGAUUCUCAUUUAUGUUGAUAAAAAUAACUGGGAAAACUGAAGUUGGGAAAAAUGGUGUUCAUUUUUCCCCAUAUGUAAUUUUUAAUUUGUAAUUGCCUAGUUUCCUUUUCCAUGAAAAACCCUAUAUGCAAAAUUGCUAAAUGUAGACAUGUAAUUUCUUUAGUUCCA